AAAUAUUCGUAUACUCCUCACUUAUAUAAAGCCCCACGCUGCCGGUGAAAGCUCAGUAAUCGUAUGGCAGUGACGUGGGGAGGUUGUGCGUCUCUCCUCCAGGACCCAUAUUUUUGCUAUUACGUCUUUUAAAAAGACGAAGAAGAAGAAGAAGAAGAAGAAGAAAGGAUAAAAUAACAAACACUAAAAGAAAAAGAAAAAAAAAUCACAACAGAACACCAAGAUCAAGAUUAAGCUCACAACCCAAACAAAAUCAACAUUACCAAACAAAAUGGCGUAUAACUCAAGAACCACCAUUCCUAACUUAACCAAACUCAUGGCAGGGACGCUCCUAACCUUCACCUUCACAACCAUAUGCCUCGCGAGCCCAGAAUGCAUCCCUGGAAGCAAUGAAACGGAUUUAAAUGUGCCCGUUUCGUCAUCAAAUCUCUCCUAUAUAUCGGAUUUUGGGUUAAAUCUUUUCAGAGAACUAUUCCCCUACAACGCAACGGACCGGAACUUCUUCUUCUCACCUUAUAGCGUGUGGAGCGCCCUCUCUCUUGCCUACUUCGGAUCAGCUGGCGACACGGAGGAACAAUUAGGAACGGUGCUAGGGGAGAAAGACAAGAUCUCCGCACUCAAAUCUUGGAAAACCGUCGAAUUUUUGUACAAAAUGCGACAGGAGAACCAGAGUAGCUACACGUUGAGGGUCGCCAACCGUGCCUACUUCGACCACAGCGUCUCCCUUCGACCGUGUCUGGACGAAAUAUUCCCCACGGAGCUCCAGAGAAUAGACUUCCUUCAUGUUGGAGACGCGGCAGAAGAGAUCAAUGAGUUCGUCAGCAACACCACCAAGGGCAGGAUCCCACAGCUGGUGACCCCGGAUCGCCUGCAGGGGGCUAGAAUGGUAUUGGUGAAUGCGGCGUUCUUCAAGGGGGUGUGGCUGUAUCAGUUUAAGGAGAGUGCCACUAAGAAAGAGUUAUUCUACUCCACGCUGGAAGAUUACACCUUUGUUGACAUGAUGCAGCAGAAGGGAAAUUUCGGUUACGGCGUGUCUGAGGAGCUAGGGGCAAGCAUCCUGGAGCUGCCGUACACUGGGGAGGCCGUGUCCAUGUACAUCCUGCUGCCGCCCUUCCUGGCAGGCGAGGGGGGCUUCUCCGCCAUGGUGGGGCGCCUGACUGGGGCCGCCCUGCACCGCGCCAUUGACAGCACCUGGCGGACGCAGCUGGAAGUCAAGAUUCCCAAGUUUAAGCUGGAGGAGUCAAUUGGAGAUGAGCUGAUGGGGGCUCUGUCCAGGAUGGGAGUGACUGACCUGUUUGACUCAAGCCGCGCCAACAUGACCACGUUCAGUGACACCGAGAUGCUAAGCGUGGGCGGAAGCGUGCACCGUGCAUUGGUGGAGGUGAGUGAGGAGGGCACGGAGGCAGCAGCAGCGACAGCCCUUAUAAGUUGGAGAAUCGCACGUCCAGUCAGUCCCACCAUUUUUGAGUGCAACCAUCCCUUCUUGUUCUUAAUUUAUGACAACCUGACUCACAAUAUUCUCUUCCUGGGAGCUUACAAGAACCCCAGAGCCGCUAAGGGAGGGAAGGAAAGUGUGUGAGUGUGUUUUUUGUGGGGGAAACUUCAAAAAAAAAAACUGGAACUUCUCCUUUAUUUACAAUGAUUCACAAUGUUCUCUUUCUGGGAACUUACAGGAAUCCCAGUCGCGCAGGGAGGCCGGGUGUGUGUGUGUGUGUGUGUGUGUGUGUGUGUGUGUGUGUGUGUGUGUGUGUGUGUGUUUGUGUGUUUGUGUGUGUGUGUUUUCUAGUUUAGUAAGUGAAAAAUAUUGGUUUUCUAGUGUUUUUUUUUGUUUUUUUUUUGUGUGUUUUUUUUUUAGUGCAUUUGAGUGUGUGUCUGUUUUUUUUUUAGUGUGUUUAAGUAAGUGUGUGUUUUGGUUGACUUCUGAGUGUGUCUGGGUGUUUGUGUGUGUGUUUGUGUGUGUUUUUGUGUGUGUGUGUGUGUGUCGGGAGUGUAGGUGGGUUUCUGGUGUUUAUGUGUGUGUUUGUGUGUGUUUGGUUAAUAAAUGUUUGUUUUCAUGGUGUUUUUUUGUCAAGAGAGAGAGAGAGAGAGAGAGAGAGAGAGAGAGAGAGAGAGAGAGAGAGAGAGAGAGAGAGAGA